AUGAAUGGCCCCGACGAUGCCCAAGCCAACAUUGAACGCUCGGCAAGGGACCUCAUUCGAGGUUACCCUUUGGCAGCCGGUCUGACCUCGGUCGCGGAUGGUGAGUCAUCUUCCUGGCCCGUACGUCAUCCGUCGCGCGUCGCACCCGGCUGUCGUCGCGGCGGAAGGCCAAUGUCAAAAAAAAACGGCAAAGGAUGUCACGAACGAUCGGCCAACCUCGAGCUGACCCACUUUACGCACCGUCGUCUAUUCCCUCAACCUCGACCACCGCUCUCACAGUCAUCAACCACCUGCCCCCACCCCGGCCGUGCACGCCGACGCUGUUCGCGCACCCAUCCUCGCUCUCCCUCCACGCCGGCCCCCACGAGCCCCUGUUUGAGCAAUUCGCGCAAGAGAUUGGGACCCUACUCGACCCGACACCGAGCAGCGACCCGUACAUCGAGCAAUGGCGCCAGAUGGAGAUGGGUCGAGCCGCUGAGGCGUUGCAGCAACCGGUACAAGCGUUCGCGCAUCAGGGCUAUCCUCAAGGGUCAGUCCCACAGCAAGCGCACACGCCGACGAAAGACUAUGCGAAGCUGCAAUGCUAACCCUACUGCCCACUACCACAGAACCACCUCCAGCCCGCCCUACUCUGUCCACCCCUCCCCGACGGGGAUCGUCGCACCGCCGGCGAAGACUCUGACCUGGCAACUGCUCGACACGAUCGGCUUCCCUUACCCACCUUUACCUUCCAUGCCCAGGGUUGCACAGAGUCCGAACGCGGACCGUACCUCGACGACGGACCUCGAUCACUCGCAAAGUGCGACCUUUUUCGAACAGUACCUCACCGCAGAGGCGCAAGGCCGCCUCGCGCGCGCCCCACCCCCACCUUCGCUGCUGUCGUCCCCGUCAAAGUCGUCGACGAGCUCGCUGAUGAUGGCGCAAACCCCACCCCGAGCGGGACCGGUCAACACCGUCUUUUCGCGCGAAAACUCCGGGUGCAAGCCGCCGCGAAUGCUGCCACCGACGAGCUCGCCUGACCCGCUGCUCAUGUCCGGUGGCCCGUCGAAUUCCUUCAACGGCCACCGCUACGCCCGUCCGCCUCAGUCGAGCAGCCCCACUGCUUCGCCCUCGCGACACCCUUCGUUCACGCUCGAGAUCGAAGUCGACGCUUCUCACAGCCCCAAACGACCCCUCGCGGCCUACGGUACGACCGAGUCGCAGCGCGCGCACAUGCUCGUCGACGAGGAUCACGAGGUCCAGACCCCUCACGCCGCCGCGGGGAUGGAGAGCGCCGUCAAGCGCUUCAAGCUGGGCACGAGUAGCGACGCCGACGGGGGCGAUUCAUCUUCGGCCUCGACGUCGCGCGCACUCCAGUCGGGCAAAGGCACGAUCAAAGCCAACGCUGCGCAAGGCGUCGUCGAUCGUCUUUCGGAUCUGCUCGCCGAUCUGUUUUCGAGCGACGACUCGUACAUCAACGACACGUCCUCGUCGCACGUCCACGCCGCCGCAUCCACCGCUCCGAACCUCGCCAGCGAAAACAAGCUGUUUUUCAACGAAUCGGCGACGACGAUCGACGGGUUGCCGCUACUCGACGGCGCCGCGCUGCGCACCUUCAUCCAGCAGCUGUCGAACGUGCACGCCAAGCGCGCCGGCGAAGACUUGCUCGAGGACGUCGAAGAAGGCGGUGUUGCACGUUUGCUCAAGAUUGUCGAACGCAGCUGGAGGGGGGUCGAAGAGCUCAGGGUGUGGCCCCACGUCGUCGCGAACAAGGAAACGAGUGGUGGAGGCGGUGGCGGGCUGCGUUCUGCGUCCAACGGCAAGCGGGCCAAGUUUGCGCGACGCGGCUCGUCCGAGUCACCGCAGAAAGGGCGCGGGUCGAGGGGCAGUUCACGCGCCGUCGAGAGCGAAGAAGAGCUCGAGUACGAUCUCGACGAAGACGCGACGACGAUGACGACCAGGCCACGCUCCCCCAAGUCUCGUUCCCGCACCCCAAGCGCCGCCAACGCCCUGAUGGACGUUGAUGGAGUCGAAGCCGCCGACGUCGAACCCACAGCCGCGACAGGGGACGAGCGCGUGUGGACCGACGACACGCUCGACGACUUUGACCGCCCCGCUCGCCACAUCGCCGACGCCGUGCUCGCGAUCCGCGUCGCCCUGCUCGUGCUGACGAUGACCUCGCUCCCUAAAUCGCUCUACUCGGUCGACUACCUCCUCUCGAUCCUCGCGAGUCUGCGCUACGCUUUCGAUGCGCUCAUCUUCCCCCUCGUCGAAGCCCAGACGGAUUCGCACCUCACCGAUCUGCUCGCCAUGCGACGCACCGAGAUCCAAGCACUGUGCGAAUCACUCGCCGCGACGACUCCGCUCGUCACCCGUCUCGUGCAGCAGCAAGAGUUGUCGGAGGAGAUCGUCAUCUCGAGCGUCUACUUUGCCCUGGGCCCCUUUUUCCACGAGGCAGCUCCUGCUCCGACAGGGAAGGGGAAAAAAGUCGACACCAACGUCGCUGCGCUCGCGAUGAAGGGUUUGCGCAUGGCCUCGCUCGGGUUGACCCGGGCCCUUUACGGAAGGUACGCCGACCAACGAGCGUGGAUCAUGGAAGAGGUGCUCGGUAACUUGACCAAGCUCGACGUCGCGAAGAAGGGUCGCGGUGCCAUCCGGUGAGUAUUUUCACCCCUCUUGGCUCGUCGGCCAAACUGAUUCUGAUUCUCACCGAAUCCCGGGAUAGGCUUCGCAAUGGUUCGUCGAUCCACACGCUCUCGGCAUUGAUCCUCAACCUCGUGCAGACAUGCGAGACCGGUCUGUGUGCUCAGGUCGCGUCUCGCAUCGCCGGAGAUGACCAGAGUGGACUCGGUCUCUCCUUCUCGCCCGCUUUCUCGCCCACCAUCGACGAGGACAACGACGAACUCUCCUGGGAUCCUGCCCCGCACCAAAACGAUGCUGCAGCCAAUGGAAGUGUCGUCGAUGCACUCGACGUCGCCUACCGCGACCUCGUCAAGCCGGCACUCGAUGCGGCGACCAAGAGCGCCUACACCGUCGUCUCGUACCUCUUGACCAAGUCGUCCAAGGCCGGCAAAGCGUCGAGCGGCUCGAUCGAGACCGAGUACCGCGCCGUCUUUGA